AUGAGUGGGAAAUCUUCCAGUAAAGAGUUGCCUGUUCAUUCAAGCUUCCUGGAUAUAAGAGAUGGAGAGAAAAGAUUUGAAUGCAAACUUUGUGGAAAAAAGUUAAUACGAAGGAGCAGUCUUGUUCCACAUAUGAACAUUCAUCUAGGUAUUAAGGAAUUUGAAUGCCAUGUAUGUAACAAAAGGUUUGUACAAAAGGGUAACCUUAACGUGCAUAUGAAAAAGCGCCAUUUAACAGAUAUGCCAUUUGAAUGCUUUGUUUGUAAGAGGAGGUUUAUGCUGAACAAACAGUUAGAGCGCCAUCUUGCCUCCCAUGGCAAGAUCAUAUAUGAAUGCGUUUUGUGUCAAGAAAAUUUCAGAGAUAUGCAGUCUCUUGAAAUGCACACAGAUGAUCAUAUUAGGGAGAGCAAACAAGCCCCAGAGAAGGAUUUCAGUGAAUUAAGUGUCAGAAAUGACAAAGAUUGUAUUGAGAAGAAUGAGGAGGAGGUGUGGAGUAGAGUAAGUGACAAUACUUAUGAGUAA